AUGGAAGACCUAACAAAAUCCUGGAGUUGCCUUACACUUUCAGAAAACGAAGGUUCCAGCCUUCGCUUGACGGAAGAACAGGCAGAGAUAGAACACGUUUUGGCUGUCAAAUUUUUAACUAAACGGGCUCUAAAUAUUGAUGCUAUUGCGAAAACUUUCACACCUUUAUGGAGAGCAAAAAACGGGUUCAAGAUACAGAAAGAAGCGGACCAAGUAGUUCUUUUUACCUUUGACGAUGCAAGCGAGAUGGACAAGAUCGUAGCAGCAGAGCCUUGGAGUUUUGACAAGCACUUAAUGGUGAUGCAAACCUACGAUAAGGAGAUAGACCUGGCUGUGAUGGAGUUCAAGUGGGCUACCUUUUGGGUGCAGAUACAUGAUCUCCCAAUCCGUUUCAGAAGCAGACGAGUGGCAGAGAAGAUCUGUGAGGGCAUUGGAAAGGUGAAUGCGAUGUCGGAUGAAAACGAAUCGGAAGGGGAUGGUUUUGUGAGAAUUAGAGUCACCAUAGAUGUUUCAAAGCCUUUGUGCUGUGGAAGAGUGAUUUCUCUGGAUAGCGGUAAGGAACUUUGGGUAUCUUUUAAGUACGAAAGACUCCCGAACAUUUGUUACCGAUGUGGCUGCCUUACGCACGAUGACAGGGACUGUGAUCAAUGGGCUGAACCGGCAGGAAGUGAGUCAAAGGAUUCUCAACAGUUUGGAUCAUGGAUUCGUGCGCCACCUUUUUUUCCAUCCAGGAAAAUUGUUGUUAAGGUGCCGGGCUUUUACACUCGACCAGCAAAGGACACUUCCUCUUCUCCACCACCGUCAGUGGGGAAGCCACCAGUAGUAGUUGUUCGUACAGGGAAGCCGGCACCGGUGGUUAUUAGAUCAGAAACGGGAUGCAGGGGAACACGGAAGCGGAUUCUCAGGAAGAUACUCGGCUUGAUUCACGGUCAGAUUCCUAUAAUUCAGGGAUAUUAA